AUGAAUAAUUCAGAUAAGAUCUCAUGGUAUCCAGGACAUAUGAAAAGAGCUAUGGAACAUUUAGAGAAGAGAAUAACUGAUGUAUAAUUAUUUUUAGAAUUGCGAGAUGCUCGGGUGCCUUUUUCAUCAAAAAACUAUCAUUUCGAUAAUUUGAUGUAGGCUCACAAUAAAGAGAAGAUUAUCAUAUUUAAUAAAUUUGAUUUAUGCAAUUAGGAUAUAACGAAUAAAAUAAUAGAGAAAUACAAAAAGGUUGGAAUUUAAUGUAUAGCUACAUCUGCAAGGGAGAGAUUGAAUUUGAGGGAGUUGAUUAUGAUGACCAACACCUAUAAAUCAGCCAAAUUUGCGACAGUAGGGAUGUGGUUAAUGAUUUGUGGAAUGCCCAAUGUUGGAAAGUCCACAAUAAUAAAUUAGUUGAGACAAACAACUCCUAAAUUAAAUAAAAGGAAAGCUCUAGCUAAAUCAACAGCCAGUCCUUGCACUACUAAAAAUGUGGCUGGAAUUAAAAUAUGCGAUGAACCUCUAGCAUAUUUGGUUGACACUCCUGGCGUGAUGAUCCCUAAUAUUACUGAGGAAGAACAAGGACUGAAAUUAGGAUUGGUUGGAUGCAUUAAAGAUAAAAUUGUCACCAAAGAAAGAAUGUUAGACUAUUUAGUAAGAGAGAUGAAUUAAUAAUAGAUGGAAAAGUAUUAUAAGAUUUAUGGUCUCAAUUAAAGACCCAAAACAGGUGGUGAGUACAUGUUGGCUGUAAGGGAAAGAUACAACCACUACAAUUAUGAGACCACAAUCGAUUUCAUAUUAAAUGGAUUCAGAAUUGGCAAAUUAGGAAAUAUUACUUUAGACAGUGUAGAAUUAUUAAAUUGA